GCCAUCCGCUGUAUUGCUUUAUGUCGCUAAUUUGCUGUGCUCAAAUGUGUCGCUUUUUUGUUGCCACUCAAAUAGUAGAAAAACAAAUAUUUGUGAGAUGAAAAAGAAAAAUGCCUCUAUCCGCCUGCCCCCUCCCCACUCUCGGCCACCGUGCCCACGCUUUCACUGCGGCUGCAUAUGGUCGGGCAUUGCAGGAACCAUAGGGUGCGCCAAUUUGCGACAUAAUCAGGCGUGCCCGCGUGACACACUGAUACGGAAAAAAAGCUUUCUCCCGCCAUCUUAUCACUGCUGUUCGCACGCACCAACCAGGUCGAUCAGCCUGUGCAGCCCCACCAGAUAGCAUGCAUCGCUGCCCUGGCCAGGAGUCCACCGCGAAUGGGCAAAAUCAAUCGCUCGCAUGUCCAGCAUCCCAUCCACCCCGUCAUCCGCCAGGAACCUCUGGUACCGCUCCGCAUCCGCCUCAUACACAAACAGCAAUGAGCUCGCAUACAUCCGCGCCUCCAUACCCUCCACCACCCGCAGAUAGUCCUGCAGCUCCAGCACAAACUGCCGCACAAUAUACCUGCGGAACUCCUCCGACACUUCACCGGCUGCCGGCAAAGAACUCUUUAAACGCUUCACUGAUUGUUUGGUCCGUCAGCCCGCGACACCAGUCACGGUCUGCCGGCGCCCGCCCGGCCACCGCCAUACCGCAAACCCGCACCCCCAGCGACGCCGUGGUCGUCUGCUGCGCCUUCUUCUCCAUCCUCUUGCUUCUUCUCCUCCGUCGCAUCGUCAUCAUGGAGCCGCGUGCCCACCUUCACGUCCAUCACGCAUGCCCGCGCGAACCCGCUCGUCACGUUUUCCAUGCAAACAUACUACACAAUAGAGGACAGGUUUAGUGCGCUGCAGUGUGUUCCUGUGACCGUAUCUAUUCACCUACCAUUUCGCCGGCCGCUCCCCCAUCUGUGCUGGUGCGCUGCAGUGUGCCGUAGUAUUCGGGCAUGAAGCUUUUGAACUCUCCGCUGGC